AUGGAUUCAACAAACCUUGCUGAAUUUUCAUCUCAGAAUUUGAAAGCAUGUACCAACGAUUUCAAUGAGAGCAACCUCAUUGGAUUGACACAAUUUGGAAGAUUUUUUAGAGGCAACCUUGGAGGUCAAUAUGUAAUAGUGAAGAUAUGGGAUAGUGAAAAGUUGGAAUGCUUAAGUUCCAAAUAUAAUGAUGAGUAUUUGAUUAUCAGAGAGGAAAUAAAAUUUUGGACAAACCCAAAAUUGAAAGGUUAUCCUAAAUUGGUGACCUUAAUUGGUUAUAGUUGGGAGAGAGAUAUAAAGGGGGUUGUUUAUGAUCUCAAUCCACUUGACACAUUGGGAAGUGUAAUAAUGAAAGAUAGUCUGAAUUGGCUUCAAAGAAUAAAAGUAAUUCAUGAACUUGCGAAGAUCUUAAAAUUCAUUCAUGAUCAGGAGAAGCAAAACAUGGUGUUAAAUAUCAGUGCAUCUCAUAUACUUCUUGACGAGGAUUGCAGGCCAAAACUAUUUGAUUUGUUGUUGCUUAGCGAAUUGAAAAUGCCGAAGGAGCAAUUAACAAUGUCAACUAGUCAUAUUGAUCCUUAUUUUUCUCUAAGGGGUGGUGAAUGGGAUAAAAGCUCCGAAGUGUUUUCGUUUGGUAUUGUUUUGCUUGAAUUAGUAACCAAAAGAAUAUCAGACAUUGUGAAGACAGAAAAUGACACCCUAAACUUGGAUAAUCUAAUACAUAUUUGGGCUAAAAAGGAGUACAAACCAAAUUGUUCUUUUGUCCACAAAAAUCUACAGGAAGAUUGGCAUUAUUGUGCUGAAGAUGGUGUUACAAUAACUCUACUGGCGAUGCAGUGCAUAGAAUUUUUUCCAUCAAACCGUCCAACAAUGAAGGAUGUCUUACAGAGUCUAGAUAAUCUUUCAGUGUUACAACAUUUGCAUGAUGCUAGACCAACAAAAAGGGAAAAGAACUUUGUUUUAUCUUGA